AUGGCGUUUAGAAGUAUCUCCUUGGUUAGUCGACUUGCUGGGGCCUCGAAGGCUACAUUUAGAACUUUAUACUCCUCUAUACCUUUGCUGAAGGACUACUAUAGCAUAUUAGGAGUCAGCAAAUCUGCCAGUCAGUCUGAAAUCAAAAAGGCUUAUUAUCAGCUGGCGAAAAAGUUUCACCCAGAUGUCAACAAAAAUGAUAAGACAGCUGCACAAAAGUUUCAGGAGGUUAGCGAAGCAUACGAAGUUUUAGGCGAUGAAAACAAACGCAGUCAGUAUGACAAAUUUGGAACAUCUUCAACACAAAAUAACUUCGGAGGUGGUCAGUCACAGGGUUUUGAGUUUCAUUCCAACAUAAACCCAGAAGAGCUAUUUCGGCGUAUAUUCCGUGACAGUGAAUUUACCUUUAAAGAAUGGUCAAGUGGGGAUAAGGGAUUUGCGGAGUCAAUUUUCGGAUCCGAUACCACCAAGGAAAUCGCUAUUAGCCUUACUUUUGAGCAGGCUGCUCGGGGUGUCAACAAAGAUAUCAACGUUAAUAUGGUAACUGAUUGUCCUCGCUGCGGAGGUUCACGUGCUGAGCCUGGCACGGGCAUGUCAACCUGCCCAAGUUGUCGUGGAACAGGGACUGAAAGCUUAAAUACUGGGCCGUAUUUGCUUCGGAGUGUUUGCAGACGAUGCAAGGGUACUGGAACUAUUGUUCGACGUCCCUGUAUAGAAUGUGAAGGCAAUGGCAAGGUAAUAGGCCGUAAUCGAGUCAGCGUAUCCAUUCCUGCAGGCGUAGAAGAUGGCCAGGUCCUACGAGUGUCUGUUGGUAAGGAUGGUUCUCAUAAUCAAGAAAUAUUCUUGCAAAUUCGUGUGGAAAAAAGCCAUCAGUUUCGACGAGAAGGUGCAGAUGUACAUUCAGAUAUUGUGAUCUCACUUGCCCAAGCUGCGUUGGGUGGGAAAACGCGAGUACAAGGCAUUUAUGAGAGUAUGCUAGUCAAUAUUCCAGCCGGAUCAUGCAGUAAUGAUAGAAUACGAUUACCAGGGAAAGGUAUCAGUCGGAUAAACGGUUAUGGAUAUGGCGAUCAUUAUGUUCAUAUUCAUAUUAAACCACCCAAGCGUCUGAGUGAACUACAACGUGCUCUUCUCCUGGCGUACGCUGAAACAGAAACUGAUGUGACUGGUUCAGUCGAGGGUGUCACUUCAACCGAUAAACGUCUCCGUCAACUAUAUGAAAACUUACGACAUUCAUUCGGCCAAAGUUCGGAAACACAAUCGACAGUGACUUCUGACUCAAAUUCGUACAAUGGCAAACGUGCUAUAGAUACAACAAAUGGUUUUCUUCUUUCCCGUAUCCGGAUGGCUGUUCAAGAUCCUAUUACUUGUCAGGAGGAAACAAAACAACAAGAAACGGAAUCUGAUACAGUAACAAAAGAUUCUAAGAAAAAUUGUGUGUAA